AUGGCAACAACAGUGGUUGUCCAGCAGCAGCCUCAGAAAGCCAGCGCUCACCUAUCUGCGUGGAGCUCUGGUCUGUUUGACUGUUGUCAAGACAUGCCGUCCUGCUGCUAUGCCUAUUGGUGCUGUCCUUGUUUUGCCUGCUCCACCACAGGGGAAUUUGGAGAGAGUACCUGCUUGCCUCUCCUUGACAUCUUUGGACCAGGCCUGUUGGCAUCUUGUGGUGUGAUUGUCUGCGUACCUCCUGUAACUCUAUCAAUGAGGGUUGCUGUGCGGUACAAAUAUGAAAUUGGGGGGAGCCUCUGUGAGGACAUCAUGGCAUCCUGCUGCUGCAUUUUAUGCUCUUGGUGUCAGAUGGCUCGAGAAAUUAAGGAACGGAAAAAACCUAUCACCAUCGUUACCACCCAGCCAGUAAUACUCAGUCCACAGGUUGUGACCUCCACCCAGAUGAACACUACGACUCAGCAGGCUUAUGGAAUGACAGUCAACCAACAGGUUCCAGUCAUGACGACUUCACCAAGGGGCACAGCCACAGCACCUCCAGAGAUCAUAACCACACCACCUCCUUAUGCUCCUUCAGCUGGUGCCCUCCCAUCUGCUCCACCUUCUUAA